AUGGCUAGUGAAGGUGCGAAUCCUCAAUUAGGUGAUGCGGGCGCGAAUUCUAGUGACGAAGUGAGUGUUGUGUCGCAAAAUUUGCGUAUACCUCAGUUUUGGCCAUUAGAAGUUGCAUUGUGGUUUAAACUAUUAGAGGCUCACUUUACGUCCACGCGCAUCACGAAAGACGAAACUAAAUUUAAUAUCACCAUCGCGAACUUAGGUGAAAAGUACAUCGAACAGGUCGAGGAUAUCGUGGUCGAUCCGCCCGAGUCAGGACAAUACGAGCUAUUAAAAAAAGAACUAAUGAAACGGUUAACUGAAUCGGACAGUACUCGGGUGCGGAAAUUGCUCGAAGGCGAGGAAAUCGGUGAUCGCACACCCUCGCAGUUCUUCCGCGAUUUAAAAAAGCUCGCGACUCCGUCAGUGCCGGAUGAUUUUAUAGUGACGUUGUGGAAAAAUCGGUUGCCCGCGAACACUCAACGUGUGCUUGCAGCCGCGACGGAGACGAACAUCACGGCGCUCACGGAAAUGGCAGACAGGAUUCACGAGAUUCGUCCGGAACGUGGACAUCUUGCAUCG